AUGUGUUUCUGGGGCUGUUUCCUCUACAAGAGACUGGGUAAAAAUGAUGGCAAAAGCCUUGCAAUGGAUGUUUGUGCAGGUGCAUCGAUUGUCAUGUUUCAUGGAGAUUUGCCUUACUCUUCAAAGGAUAUCAUCAAAAAGCUGGAGACUCUGAACGGAGAACACAUAAUUGGUUCUGGGGGAUUUGGAACUGUAUACAAGCUUGCAAUGGAUGACGGCAAUGUAUUUGCCUUGAAGAGAAUUAUCAAGAUGAAUGAAGGCUUUGAUAGGUUCUUUGAGAGGGAGCUUGAAAUUCUUGGAAGCAUUAAGCACCGAUAUCUGGUAAAUCUGCGAGGAUAUUGCAAUUCUCCAACAUCGAAGUUGUUGAUAUAUGACUUCUUAUCCGGAGGUAGCCUAGAUGAAGUUCUGCACGAGAGAUCUGAGCAACUAGACUGGGGUGCACGACUGACUGUAAUCAUGGGAGCUGCGAAAGGGUUGGCAUAUUUACAUCAUGAUUGUUCCCCUCGAGUAAUCCACCGUGACAUAAAGUCUAGCAACAUUUUGCUUGAUGGUAAUUUUGAGGCUCGAGUAUCUGAUUUUGGACUGGCCAAAUUACUUGGAGAUGAGGAGUCUCACAUCACAACAAUUGUAGCUGGCACAUUUGGGUAUUUAGCUCCAGAAUACAUGCAGAGUGGUAGGGCUACAGAAAAGACUGAUGUUUAUAGUUUUGGAGUUCUGGUUCUUGAAGUCAUAAGUGGAAAGCGGCCCACUGAUGCAUCAUAUAUUGAGAAGGGCUUCAAUAUUGUUGGCUGGCUGAAUUUUCUAGCAUCUGAGAAUAGACGAAUGGAGAUAGUUGAUCCACAUUGUGAACGAGUACAGACUGAAAGCCUUGAUGCCCUUCUUUCAGUUGCCACACAGUGUGUCUCUUCAAGCCCCGAUGACAGGCCAACCAUGCACAGGGUUGUUCAGAUUCUUGAAUCUGAAGUCAUGACACCAUGUCCCAGUGACUUCUAUGAUUCAAACUCUGAUUGAAGGCGCUAUUGCUGGAUGCAAAGAACGUUAACCUUUGAGUUUGCAUCUGCAACUUCAUGCAAUAAAUUGAGUGAUGCAAGCAUUGGGGGUUUAAAGUCUGCAAAGAUUCUUUUCUCUACUCUAUUUGUCGAUUCUUUCUGCAGAUUUUUGACAAAAGAAGACCAUUUCAACUGUCAUCAUUCCUCAAAUUCAGAGUUUCCAGCUAGUUAUCACGAGGUUAAGCGUGCUUAAUUCUAUUUUUGAUUUCAUCAUUUUGCUCUGGUGCAUUGAGCUUGCUUUUCAUUUCGCCAGGGGAACGGAAUCUGUAUGAGUGGUAUGAGCAAUCAAAUCCUUGUUCUUUCAUUUGCUCUUUUGUUUGUAGCCUUUCUUGUUAUAGUUGUAUAUGGAAACGAUUGAAUUGAUUUUGCAUCUGCCUCCUUUUUGUAAAUUAUGCUUCCCCACAAUAGCUGAUUUAUCGGUUGAAUGCAAGUAUUUUUGUUAUUCUAUUA